AUGGCGGAAGAUGUCGUUAUCUCGAUUGCCCGCGACGACAUACAAAGAUCCGCACAGGCGACAAGUCGUGCAGUGGAUGCUCCAGGUGGAACCGACCAUAUGCAUACAAUGGCGGAAGAGGGACUGAAUCCGACGUACGACAUUUUAUGGUACGAAUGUGCCGAGCGGACACGGGCUGCGAUGCAUAUGCGAAACCAUGGAAAAGGGCUGGUACCAUUACACAGUGUGGGUUGCGUUGUAAACCAAGCCGAUGAUUACCGCGCGGCUUUACAACUUGGACAGCAGGGACACCGAUCAACAAAAAUAGAGGACUUGAAACGGAAUAGAACGGACAGGGAGAUUGUGGGAUGGGGUUCGGCGACCCAUUCCUCCAUCUUUGGCGGACGAUAA